UGCUAUAUGUAAAUGCCAGCCCAUGAGCUUCCUGGCACGGACACCACCUGUGAAGGCCUCAUAACAGUCAACUUCUUGCAACCCCCAAGCUGACGACCUGACCAGGGGGAAGAGGGACCCCUCCACUGGAGAACUGACUGCAGGAUUCUGGUAGAAGAGGCAUCAAGAGUAGUAGGGGCCAGGUGACAAUUAUGUAGGUGCCAUGGAGACUGCUAUGUGUGUUUGUUCUCCAUGUUGUACAUGGCAGAGAUGUUGUCCUCACUUAUGCUCCUGUCUGUGCUGCAAGUUCAUCUUCACCUCGGAGCGGAACUGCACCUGUUUCCCCUGCCCUUACAAGGAUGAGCGGAACUGCCAGUGCUGUCAUUGCACCUGUGCAGAGAGCCCCAACUGCCACUGGUGCUGUUGCUCCUGGGCCAAUGAUCCCAACUGCAAGUACUGCUGCACGGCCAGCAGCAACGUCAAGUUCUACUACUAUGAGAGCCGCUGCUGCCGCAAUGCCACCAUCACAUUCCACAAGGGCCGCCUCAAGAGCAUCCGUACCUCCUCCAAGACUGCUCUGCGGAUCGGGAGCAGCGAUACUCAGGUCGAUGAAGUGAAGUCCAUGCCAGCCAGCAGCCAUCUGGUCGACCAUCUCACCUGCCCCAUGUGCCACAGACUGCGCCUGCACUCGUUUAUGCUGCCUUGCCACCACAGCCUGUGCGAGAAGUGCCUGCGGCAUCUGCAAAAGCACGCCGAGGUCACCGAGAACUUCUUCAUCCUCAUCUGCCCGGUGUGCGACCGCUCACACUGCAUGCCCUACAGCUACAAGAUGCACCUGCCCGAGAACUACCUGCGCGGGCGCCUCACCAAGCGCUACAUGCAGCAGCACGGCUACCUCAAGUGGCGCUUCGACCGCUCCUCCGGGCCCAUCCUCUGCCAGGUCUGCCGCAGCCGGCGCAUCGCCUACAAGCGCUGCAUCACCUGUCGCCUCAACCUGUGCAACGACUGCCUCAAGGCCUUCCACUCGGACGUGGCCAUGCAGGACCAUGUCUUCGUGGACACCAGCCCCGAGGACCAGGACGAGAAGAUCUGCGUCCACCACCCGUCCAGCCGCAUCAUCGAGUACUGCCGCAACGACCACGAGCUGCUGUGCACCUUCUGCAAGGUGGCGUUCCACAACGGCCACGACACCGUCAGCCUCAUCGACGCCUGCUCCGAGAGGGCCGCUGCGCUCUUCAGCGCCAUCGCCAAGUUCAAAGCAGUCCGAUAUGAGAUUGAUAAUGACCUAAUGGAAUUCAACAUUUUAAAAAGCAGCUUUAAGGCAGACAAGGAGGCCAAGCGAAAAGAGAUCAGAAAUGGAUUUCUGAAGUUGCGCAACAUUCUUCAAGAGAAAGAGAAAACCAUCAUGGAGCAAAUAGAAAAUCUAGAAGUGUCCAGGCAGAAGGAGAUUGAAAAAUAUGUGUCCAUCACAACCUUGAAAGUGAACGAAAUGGACGGCCUGAUUGCCUACUCCAAGGAAGCCCUGAAGGAAACGGGCCAAGUGGCAUUCCUGCAGUCUGCCAAGAUCCUCGUGGACCAGAUCGAGGACGGCAUCCAGAGCACCUACCGGCCUGACCCGCAGCUGCGGCUGCACUCUUUGCACUGCAUGCCCUUGGACUUCAUUGAGCUCUCCAAGGCCAUUCAUGAGCUCUUCCCCAUGGGACCCAAGAAGGUGUGCUCCUCCGGGGACUCGCUGCCCUCCCCCUAUCCCGUGCACUCAGAAAUGAUGAUUGCCAGGAAGGUCACUUUCAGCACCCACAGCUUUGGCAACCAGCAGAUAUACCAGCGAAGCUCCUCGUUGCUGUCCUUCAACACCACCGGCGAGAAGGCCAAGGUGGGUCUGGAGGCCUGUGGGAGAGCCCAGUCGGCCGCACCCGCCAAACCCGCAGAUGGCCUGUACACCUACUGGAGCACCGCAGCGGAGGGCCAGCCCACGCAGAACAGCAGCAGCUGUCACAACUGGUACUCCUUCAACGACGCCUCUGUGAAGACCCCAGGCCCAAUUGUCAUCUACCAGACUCUGGUGUAUCCAAGAGCUGCCAAGGUUUACUGGACAUGCCCAACAGAAGACGUGGACUCUUUUGAGAUGGAAUUCUAUGAAAUUAUUACUACUCCUCCUAACAAUGUGCAGACAGAGCUCUGUGGACAAAUUCGGGACAUAAUGCAGCAGAGUCUGGAGCUGCACAACCUGACCCCCAACACCGAAUAUCUGUUUAAAGUUAGAGCCGUCAAUGAAAAUGGACCUGGUCAGUGGAGUGACAUCUGCAAGGUGGUAACACCGGACGGGCAUGGGAAGAACCGAGCUAAGUGGGGCCUGCUGAAGAACAUCCAGUCUGCCCUCCAGAAGCGCUUCUGAGCCCACAGAGCCAGCGGCGCCCUCAGUGAUGCACCCCAAAUCAGACAUAUAUGCACACACACAUGCACGUGUAUUUUCUCACCACAUUCUUCAACAAGGUUGUAGACGGAUGUUCCCAGGACCACUGAGAUUUCCAACAAGAAUCUUCUAAGCACUAAUAAAAAGAAAUGGCUGA